AUGAAUACAACACGAUUAAUAUUGAAAAAUAAUUAUGAUUUAUUUAUUCCAUUAUCAAAUGAUAAGAAUAUUACAUUAAAAAAUAAUUAUUACAAUAGUUUUCUUCUUUAUUUUGAUUUACCUAAUUCACCUAUUACUGUUAUAAAUGAUCUCGAUGAUAUGAUAGUAUCUACAACAGAAUUAGAUAAUUCUGAUAAACAAAUUUUAUGUGAUAUAGAUAAUAAUGAAUCAAAUAUCAUUGUGUAUGAAACAUUUUUUUCUCAACUUGCACACAAAUUUUCAGUAUUUAAUAAUUUAUCUUUUGAAGAAUUUCCAGCAGAAUUAUUUCUUAAAACUUGUGAAGAUUAUUUCUCACUUGUGGAUAAAUUUAAUAGUCCGAUAUUUAUUCCAAUGAAAUCAGAUGUCAAUGGUAAUAUCACUAAAUUACGAAAAAAAAUCAAUGAAAAUCCAAUGAAAUUUCAAACAUUAUUUGCAAUUAUCAAUGAUGAAAUUGAAUCUCAAACAACAACUGCAAGAAAUUCCGCAACCGAUGCUUUACUUUGGUUGAAACGUGCAUUUGAAUUUAUAUCAAGUUUCUUACAUGAAUUUGGUAUGGGUGAUAAAACUCUUGCAGAUGCCGUUGGGAAAGGUUAUGAUCAAUCAUUAAAACAAUAUCAUGGAAUGUUAGCUAGAAGUAUUUUUUCGUUUGCUCUUCGUGCAGUUCCGAAUAAUACACAGUUUCUUUAUUCAUUAGCUGUCAAUCCGACUGAUGCGUCGGAAAUACUUUUCGAACAUCAAGUGUUCAAUGAAAUGCUGGAACAUGCUUCACAUAUGUCUUCUGUAUUAGAAAAAAUUACAUUAUUCUACUCGCAACAUCGACUUGAACAAACAAAAAUUGUUACUUAA